AUGUUCUGUUGUACAACCAGAAAAGUCAAUGAUAGAGAAGAAGCUUCUAAACAUAGUACUAAUACUCAUCAAAGUAAGGGGACGACAAUUAGUGGUUCAAGUAAUAAAUCCAAUCAAGAUUCAACAGCUAUGAGUAAAUCAAAUAAAGAUUCAACUACAACUGGUAAAACUUCAACAACUAAGAAUUCAACAUUAACUGGAGUUGAUUUAAGUAAUAAAUCCAAUCAAAAUUCAGCAGCUAUGAGUCAAUCAAAUAAAGAUUCAACUACAACCGGUAAAUCUUCAACUACUAAGAAUUCAACUACAACCGGUAAAUCUUCAACAAGAAUAACUGAUAAAGGAGAUAAUGUUAGUAUUACUGAAUCAGGAAAUAUUAGAACAAUAGAAACAUCAUUAAGAAAUACAGUACCAAUAGAAGAUAUUCACUUAGAAAAACUUCCAAAUGGAUACACUUUAACAGUAACUCAUCAACAUAGUUCUAAUUUAGAAACAUCAACUUAUAAGAGUAGUUUUAAAUACUACAAAGAAGAGUUAUUUGAAAAGAAAGUUCUUAAAGUUGAAGGUUCUUUCAAUGAAGUUGGUAAUUAUCAGAUUAUCAUCACCUUCGAAGAGUAA